GCUUCAUCGCGACGACGAUAUGGUCGUUUGUGGCUCGCCCUCGCGCCCCCUUUGCAUCUCACCGCUCCUUCGUCUCCAUGGUCGGAACCGGAGAAGCCCUAGAUUCCGAGUUCCAUAUUCCUCACUUCCUCCCCCGAUUGCGGCGCCCAAGUCCGAUUACAAGCCAGGACUUCUUGACGAUAUGCUUCUCAUCUUCUUUAGGAAGAAAAUGGUGGAGGAAGUUGGAUGGGAUUCCAAGAAGCCUGGAUAUGAUGGACUAAUUGAAGUUGCAAAUCAUCUUAUGUUGAAGAGUAAAAGCAUUUCAGAGACUGAACAAUCUGCGGUUCGGGUUCUUCAAUCUUUAUUUCCUCCACUCUUGCUUGUUCUUUUUAAGAUGCUUAUUGCACCAGUUAAUGAAGGGAAAGUAGCAUCUAUGAUGCUUGCACGAACAACUGCAAUCUUAUGCCAAUGGCUGAUGGGCCCAUGUUCAGUUAAUUCUAUUAAUCUGGCUGAUGGGUCAUCCUGCUCCAGUGGGGUCUUUGUUGAGAGAUGCAAGUAUCUUGAGGAAAGUAAAUGUCUGGGAGUAUGUGUCAAUACAUGCAAGUUACCGACACAGAGAUUUUUCAAAGAUUACAUGGGUGUUCCUCUAUACAUGGAGCCAAAUUUUAUUGACUAUAGCUGUCAGUUCAACUUUGGGCUUCUUCAUCCACCGGCAGCCAGUGACAAAGCCCUCACAGAACCUUGCUUGUCAAUAUGCCCAAGUGCUAGCCGCCGCCAAGAUCUUGGUACCAACAAAUUUAAACAAUGUCCUACAGUUUAAAUGCUCAGAUGUAUAUUUUACCUUCUCUUCCCCCACCCCCCCCCCCAAAUGUAACUUUCAUGUUCCAGGAAUGCAUCCAUGGUUUUUGAAAGCGCUUGAAUUAGCAGUGGAUCAAAUAUAUUUAUGGUAACUGGUUCUUCAACCAAUUAUCUACAGUCAGUGAUUCCUUAAAAUUGUUUGGUAUUAACGCUCAGCAAAUAAAAUUGUAAUUUAGCACGAAAAGAUGAUUAUAAAACUUUUUGCAAUUGACUUGGUUCAAACAGUGAGUUGAUGAAGCUUUGAGUCACUAGCCCAACUAUAAGAUAAAUUAGAUAGCAUCAAAUAUCUUUUAUAUUAUAUCAAUAGAAACAGUCAAAUAUAUUUUAACAUAGCACAAAGGAGCUACUUUGCAUAUUAAUCUGUUGCUCAAAAAAUGUUCUGGCUUGAGUGAAAUUGGCAUAAUACAACACAGCCGUUCCAAAAGAAAAGAAGCAUAAUGCAUCAUUAAUAAAUAUGGGUCAGAAGCUGGAGCAGUGCUGUUCUAAUUGACAACAUAGGUGGCUACUCCAACUACCCUCAUCACAAAUUUACUCGGGACAAUUGUCCAUGCAGAUAUGUGUAAGUUGUAGCUCCAUGAAAGGUUAGAUUACCCGUCCUCGUAGUGUUAAACCUUCCAAGUUGAUC